AUGUAUACAUCUCGUGACUUUAAUGGCUUGCACACGAUACCAAAUGUGUAAUGUAUAAAGUGGGCUUGUGCUUCGUGUAUUCUUUAUUCAAUCUACGUUUUAACAAGGCCUUCUGUGCAAGGAAUUUUAGCAAUUCAUAUUAAGAAGAAAACAUCAUAAAUAAACAAAAAUGUCUGAUCCAUGCGACUGUCUAGCAACCAGCAAAUGUAUGUGCGCAGACUCGUGUCCAUCAAGUGGCUGUAAAUGUGGGGGCGGAUGUAAAUGUGGAUCCAGCUGUAAAUGUCCCGGAUGUAAAGUGAAUUGCAACUGUAAUGGAAUCUGUGCAUGUGCAAAGGGAUGCAUUGGACCCCAGUCCUGUAAAUGCACUGACAGUAGCUGUGUCUGCAAAACAUGACUGCCUGGCCACGUGACAGAAUUCAAUUAUAAAGAACUGUAUAAUAAAUGCAUAUUUUACCAUA